AUGGCCGACCGCGAUCCCGCCGUGGAGACUCCUCCGACCGAUGACGACCACAGCACAGGCUCCGGAGGCUUAUCCCCCAUAUCGCAAGGUAUUGCGACUACUGAUCACGCAUCAAAGCCAUCCGUUUCAUCCCAAGCUGGCAACGCAGGCACGUCCGCGCCGUCAGGUUCCAUAGCCCAGAUCAACGCCGCACGGCGGGGUCCCGGGGCAUCGCCACACCCGACAGCCUCGAUUGGUACCCCAAAAGGGGGAGGAUUGAAUCCGGAUAUCAUGGCCAAAAUGAAGGCGUUUUCUCUUUCUCGACAAGGUGUGCCGCAUGUCGCAUCCACCGGGCACAUCCCCACAUCCAACGAUGCCGGUGCAGGCGGUGCUUUGGCUGGGCGGUUACCGCCCCCUUCCCGGCCUAAUCAGAAUCACUGGUCCUCUUCGCCUGUGGUUCCGUCACUGACGAGUCCGUCCUCAUCCCCCAGACCUAGCGGACUGGCUGCCAAGCGAAUGAAACCUGGUCUCAAGCUGUCAGACGUGACCGGUGGAACGCCACCGCCAAAUGGGUCGAAUGAAACCGACACCAAACCCGAAAAGGAGAAUGGGAGUGAGUCAGCUUUUAGCAAAUACUCCGAGUUCAUCGACACCAAAUCUGGAACCCUGAAUUUCAAAAACAAAGCGAUACUACAUGGUGGGGGUGUGGAGUUCUCUUCUGGUCAUAGUUUCAAGAUUUCCUUAGACGAAGUGGAUCGCCUAGACGAGCUGGGCAAGGGAAACUAUGGUACCGUCUACAAAGUUCGACACAGCCGGCCUCAUCUUCGGAAACCCGGCCUAGGUCUGAGUGGCAUUGUUAGUCGGGCAGCUGAGGAUGCCGACCAAGCGCGCCAAGAUAAUCUGUCUGGUGUUAUCAUGGCGAUGAAGGAAAUCCGACUAGAGCUGGAUGAGGCCAAGUUCGCCCAGAUCAUUAUGGAAUUGGAUAUCCUGCACCGAUGUGUUUCCCCCUUUAUCAUCGAUUUCUACGGCGCAUUCUUCCAAGAGGGCGCUGUAUACAUGUGUGUUGAAUAUAUGGAUGGCGGCUCGAUUGACAAAAUCUACGAAGGCGGCUUGCCUGAGAAUAUUUUGCGAAAGAUGACCUUAUCCACCAUCAUGGGAUUGAAAUCGCUCAAGGAUGAGCACAAUAUCAUCCACCGCGAUGUGAAGCCGACCAAUAUCCUGGUCAAUACCAAGGGUCAGAUCAAGAUUUGCGACUUUGGCGUAAGCGGAAACUUGGUGGCCAGUAUCGCCAAGACCAACAUCGGCUGUCAGAGCUACAUGGCUCCAGAGCGCAUUGCAGGCGGUGGUAUGCAACAGUCGGGAAGUACUAGCGGCGGGACAUAUAGUGUGCAGAGCGACGUUUGGAGUUUGGGAUUGUCCAUCAUUGAAUGCGCCAUGGGACGGUACCCGUAUCCACCGGAGACAUUCACCAACAUCUUCAGCCAGUUACACGCUAUUGUCCAUGGAGAUCCCCCAACCCUUCCUGCGGAUGGUUAUUCCGAAGAGGCGCACGCAUUCGUUGAGGCCUGUUUAGACAAGAACCCGAAGAACCGACCAACCUACAAUAUGCUGCUUCGCCACGUUUGGCUCAAGCCCCUUAUGCAGCCCCCUACCGAGGCUGAGAAUGAGGCUGUAGCCCAAGCCGAGGCGUCGGCAGCUGGCGAGGGCCUUCCAUCUUCUGUCACCGAGGACAAAGAAGUCGCUGACUGGGUCCAAAAGCAAUUGGAUAUGAAGAGCAAAGGUCUUCUUCCCACCAGUGAUAAGCCUGCUCUGCACGCCGUGGCCUUGGACAAAGUAGCCACUAGCCCCUUGGUUGAUGACGCUGCUCCUUUUUCACUGGGAGAGUGA